CUUGUACACACACACACGCUUGCGGGCGGAAAACACAUUGCAAAACUUGAUCCAAUCCACCAUUCGCUGGCUGAAGAUUGAGGAUAGCAAGCUGUUUCCCUGCUAGCGAGUGGCCCCCCUUUUCUACACUAUCUAGAUUUGCUUGCGACCAUUCCACAUUUCUCCUUGCCUUUCACUCGUUGUUUUGCGUGCUCUUUUAGCGAUUCCACACUCGUUUACAGUACAACGCAGCUGCGAUUAACAGUAAGGAGAGCCGUUAAAUCGUCUCAGCUUGUGCCGCAGAAAAAAAAAUAGGGAUUCACACAAUAAGCAAGCAUUGAAGAUUCAUUCGCUACGAGCCCUCUCCGGUACCCGUCAAACGCCCAUCCACCACCAGGCCUGCAGCCGAGCGGAGAGUAGGGCAACCUGACGAUAACCACCCAUCAAUCUGGUCGAACCGAACGAGACCACCGUCGAGCACAACCCUGGCUGCUUUCCGGUUUCUGACGUCUUGUUUUGUUCAACCUUGGCUGGGAAACCUCACGUUUGCUGGUGCUAGCCAGAGCUUCUACCACAACGCAUCGCACACGCACGAAAACAAGCACAUUACCUGCCCUGGCCACUUGGCUUUCGCAGAGCACAAUUACUACAUACAGUCCCCUCGUGCUUGGCUGAACAGCAACGCCCUUCUCUCGCCGCAUCGACGAAUUUGCCUGUGUGCUUCUGCCAAAGCCCCAGCGCAGCCAUCCCGUCACACAAGCCACCUCGACCACAUCCCGAAAGCUUGGCUGUACCCUCAGACGUCUGUUUCUUGACAGGUGACAGACAAAACAUAUCACGACGAGUAAACAGAAGGACUGCUGUAUAGGAGGUGUUUCGACAGUCCACUUAUCAAUAAAAGACAAAAGCAAAAAAAGGGGGCCUCGGUAUCAUCGGCACCCAAUAUCGAAACUGAGACCGACUCGCUGACGCCACAAGAAGGGAGGAGGCGCUGAAAGUCUACCACAGGUGUCGUAGGUGACGAUCUGCGCAUUCCAGGGGCCCACGAAUUAGUGCUACAUACCCUACAGGUACCCUAUUGCAACGUAGUUCUGCUGCGUGUGCUGUGCUGUCUGUUUGUUGUGUGUGGGUCGCCCUCCACUCUGUCAGCGGCACUACUGGUUUGGAAGUGGUAUAGCGACAAGGCCUGCCGACGCGGGCCAGAUUAGAGCGCCCCGCCAACAAGACAAAUCACAGCAGGUAGUGCCAGGUACUUGGCGAAAAAAAAGGUGCGCCUUAAACUACUUUGGGCUGGCCAAAAUGGCACCCAUGACGCCCCGGCUCAAGAUUCUCUCAGUUGGCGGGAACCCAGUGUCGGCCUUUCUGUCUUGGCGACUCCAAGCGACCAAUGCCUGCGACGUGACGCUCGUAUGGAAGUCCGGGUUUGAACAUGUCUCCCAGUAUGGCAUAUCGUUCAAGUCUCCGGUCUUUGGCAACGAAAGGUUCAAGCCUCGUCAUGUCGUUAAAUCCCCAGAAGAGGCCGCCUCGCGCAAGGACGGCGCGUUCGACUACGUUAUUCUCUGCAUAAAGGCGCUUCCCGACGUCUACGAUCUCGCCGCCAUCAUCGAUUCGGUCGUGACCCCUCAGCACACGUGCAUUCUCAUCAACACGACACACACAUUAGGCGUAGAAGCCGCGAUAGAAGAGCGAUUCCCGACCAAUGUGGUCCUGUCGCUUGUGUCAGGUGCCGAGCUGACGCAGUUGGGAGCCAGUGAAUUCGAGCACAAGGGUUCAACAGAGGUGUGGGUUGGUCCCGCUAAUUCUAAUAGCAAUAUUCCGACAACGAUCCAGGAAGACAUGGCGCAAGCUCUGGCUAUGACCUUGAGCUCUGGUCAAGUUGACUGCAAGGUGUCCUCGAACAUUCGUCAACAACAGUACGAGAGGGUUGUUGGCCCCAUUGCCUUCCACCCCGCAAGUGUAAUUUUCGAAACGCCUAACCACGCCGCUUUAUUGGAGAAGGUUGGGGUUCGACAGAUGAUUUCAGAAGUAAUAGACGAGCUCCUGGCGCUUGCAUCAGCCCAAGGAUGCAAAAUGCCGGAAGACUUCAAGCAGAAGACUAUGACGGAUAUGACACAAUCUCAAGGACCCGAGAGCAUCAUGUGGCAAGAUUUUACCGCAAGGCGCCCCAUGGAAGUGGAAACUUACCUUGGUUCACCUAUCCGACUUGCCGCUGAGACCGGCAUUUCAGUGCCUAGAAUCGAGACUCUAUAUGCCAUCCUGCACAACAUCAACAUGGCGAACCAGAACAGGCCUAAAUUCGAACCCGCUCCGAGAUCUAUGGCCGGCUCUCCUGGCCCAUCGCCCUCGCCAGUUCCGCGUGGCAUGGUGGGCCAAAACGGUCCACCUCGACCUAUGCAAAACGGUAUGCCCAACGGUCGUGGGCCCAGACCAAGGGGAUCAUCUGGCAUGGGACCUCCGGGUAUGGGCCCCCCCGGCAUGGGGCCGCCUCCUGGCAUGCGCCGGCCACCGCCACCAAUGAACGGAGGCCCACCAAAUGGCUACGGUCGACCGCCCAUGAAGGGCGGACCUAAUGGAUACCCUGGGUCACGAACAGCAUCGAGGCGAGGAUCGAUGGAAGGGGCGGACUUGGAGGAGUUCAGCCACUUGGUGGUGUACGAUGAUAUUCCCGGAUCUGGAGAAGCAAAUUAUACCCCGGACGCCCACGAGCUUGCCAUACGAGAACGCGAGCUACAGCUGCGACAGCGCGAGCUAGCCCUGAGGGAACAGGAAAUGAGAAUGAGGCGAGGACCUGGCCCUGGGCCUGGCCCAGGACCUGGCCCAAGGCGCGGCCCUCCCACCCCGUCAGUACGUAACGGUGGGAUGUACGAUGACGAGGAUGAGGACGACGACUAUUUUGAUCCUACCGGGGCCCCAGUCCCGCGUAUAGACCCCGACAAUUUCGACAUGAUGAGCGUGACUUCCAAGAAAAACCGGAGAGCAGCGCCCCCGAACCCCGCCCAGUUCCGCAAGAAUCCCGAGUUUGACCAGGGGCCGCCCUCGAGAACUAGUCGGUUCAGGCCGAGUUUUGGGAGAAAUAGGUCUAGCCAAAUUGGACAGCCGACGAUCAUGAACGAAAACUUCCUGGAUGAUCCUUUAAUGAGCUGCUCAUCCAACCGAUAUGGAGCCGUGGACCGGAGCACUAUGAAUGCCGAAUCACGAGCCAACUCGCUCACUGCCUCGCGCAUUGAGGAUAUGCAAUUUGGCCCUGGAGGCGGUCCACCUCCCAUGGGGAUGAAUGGAGCAUUCAGGAGGGCGAGCCAGUCACCCGGCAACCCAUAUAGCCCUUCGAUGCGCGGUGGUAACGGCAGGCCAUCACCUCCCAACGGUUAUGGUGGUCCGCCAGGGAUGAUGAAUGGAGGACGACCCUCACCGCCUGAUGGCAUGCGACAGCCAGUGCCGCGGUACCCUCCUGGACACGGAAACGCCGUUGCGCCGCAACAGGUUGAGCAACACGCCGGGGUGAGCCAGCUCCAGAUACCAAAACGCCAGAAUGUUCGAAGUCUGACUGGAAGUGCGAGUGCCAGCGCGGGCAGUGGUGAUUCCACCAACCUCGACUCGGAACCGUCUGCCCAUAGCAGCCAGAGCAGUCUCGGUCCUCGACCUCCCAUCGGCGUCCGUUGAGGCCUUUCACUUAGGACAGAUUAACCUGCCUAUAGGUUGGGGCGGGCAUGCGUGAACUUUUGUUUUUUUCUUGGAAAAAAAGAAUCAGGCACGAAGCGAACACGACUCAUCAUGACCCUUUGCAUCGACGAACACAUAGAAGCUGCUUGUUUGGAACCAACGCUUAAGCGUCCGACCGCCGACUCGAUUCGAUUAUAGCAAGCUCGAGGGGAGCUGUCAAUCCAGUUUUCUUUGUUAUUAAUGAACACUCGACUACCAUUUUUUUUUCCUUUCGUUAUCAGACAGGGGAGGGCGAACGGGGAGCUACCGAUCAAAGAUAAUGGCCUUGAUUUACGGUGGUCUCUGAUUCAUUCGGUCCCCAUUUUGCCCAAAGAAAUGGGAAGAAACACGCCAGGGAGGGGCGGGAUCUCAUUUACUGUGCUUUUAUUUAUCCGCUACCACAUGUUUAGAAAUGGUUUUGGGCUAUCCUUUUUCACGGCGUACACAUAAUCUUACAAAGACAUAUUUCCGUUUUGGGGAGGAGAAAAGUCCGGUACAUAAAGCAUGUUCUUUUUUCUCACCUUGACCUGUCUUUUCAUUUCGUUUCUGUUUGCGUCUGCUUCAUCGUUUUUCUUUUGUUGAAUCUCCUUUUCUAUUCUCAUUUACGAUGGGGAGAACCAGCAACUUAACAGCUUAUUUGUUAAUACCUGCAUUGGAGUGUGUAAGUUUGGCUGGUAAGCGAGAAUGAAGGGAUUAAUCCACAGAUGUCGAGAAUCGGAUGUGCGAAGGCUGUUUGUUUGGUGGAGAAAGAGGGUUGAGAAGUAUAUGGAUGGUGUGGCUCCAUGUCUCUUAGCUUGUCUAAAUUUCCAACAAGGCAAAUCACCAUGACACGUUAUUCUUGCCUAAUUGCGAAGUGAUUUUGUUGAAUUCUGUCCUCUGAUUCUAGUUCUAGUUGCGACAGGAACGCGAGGGAGGCCAAAUCGCAGGCUGGCUCAACCAAGACUGUGAAGCUUAUUAGUUCUAGGUAGCCGGCCAGGAUGUAGACUAGAAAAUGAAAGAUCCUAUUGAUCAUAGCAUACGCGUAUAUGACCCGGUACUCGUACCAAACACUCAUUGAUCACUCGGUCUGGGGCAGAGCCUGAC